ACAGUGUGGGUUGGGCUGGGCUGGGUUGGGCUGGGUGGGGGGGGGUGGCCCAGGUGGCCUUAGGACCCCCCCACCAUGGAAAACCAGCUGUGGCAGAACACCCUGGGGUGCUGCAAUCAAUACCAAGAAAGCCCCCAGGAUGCUGAGAACAUCCUAUUCCUGCUGCUGGGCCUCAUCAUUCUGGUCAACAUCAGCAUCAAUGUGACAACCGUGAUGUGGAAUGGGCUCCAGAAUGCCAUAGACAAGAUGAUCUGUUGGAUGAACCAGAAAACAGAUGAAGUCCAAGUUGCCGAAUGUCCCCCCAAAGAGCCCCAGACAGCCAACGUCCAGGACGUCCACAUCCACUGUGUCCUCGACCCUGUACAAGUGAAGAUGGCCCAACACACACAGUGUUCCUCUUCCUCUUCCCAUUUUUUCUGUAAGCGCUCUAAUGACAGGCGCAGCCGCAGGCGCUACCGCUGCCAACAGGGCAACCUUCAGACUCGCCAAAGCAGCCAGCAGCAACAGAGCUGCCACAGCCACCAGCAGAGACUUCGGAACAACAGGCAAUUCCCCCAUGGCUACCCAACCUUUCGUAAACAACCUCAAAGCCACAAGCUGUCACAGAUGAGGCCAAUGCCCUUUUUUGACCUGGAAGACCGGGAUUCCCUGCUGGAGGAUAAUCGGUCCUGCCCGCAUGCCAAGCAACCCCGUGGGGGCUGGGGUGGUUUGCGUAAGCCGGUGCGUCUGGCCUCCAAUGUGGGACUGUGGGGUCGCCAGGGUGGAAUCCUCGCCAGCCUCCCAUUACCCUCCCUCUACCUGUCACCAGAGCUGCGCCGCUUGCCUAAGCGAGUGGAGGCCAAGUCAGAACUGAGGUUACAGGGCUUCGGUCCCCAUUAUUCACAGUCCCGGAUUUGGGGUAACAUGGAAGCUGAGCAGUGGGCCUCAUCACCGCCUCCUCCCCGCCGGCUGCUUCCUAACCCUUCCUGGGUCACCGUGGGUUAUAGCUCUUUCCCUUCAGGGGGCCACAUACCUUAUGAUGCCAGGGACCAGUGGCGCCGUGGGACAGAAAGCUGUGAGCCACCACCUGCCUUUGUAUCCAGGAACCCAAGGCCAGAGGCCCAAGGCUACAGGGACCACACCUCCUCACAGGCCUACAGGCAGAACUUCCCUAGCUAUACUCACAGCCAGCCGAACCACAGCCCACCACAAUCCAUGGGGCAUGUGGGUUAUAGCUCCAGGGAAUCUCACGAAGUCCGCAGGCGGGCCCCUGACUGGAUUGAAGUUUUCCCCUCUCGUCAUCCUCUGACCACCUCUACCUCCCUCACGGCAUUGGGUGAGGCUUCAUACCAAAGGGCCCCAACUGCCAGCUCAGGCUUGAUCCCUCAUUCCUCCCAGCGCUUGGCGGAAGUCCAGAUUUCUGAACCAACCCCACCUCCAACCACCUUUGUUCCACUCAGUCGGAAUCCAGGUGGCAAUGCCAACUACCAGGUUUAUGACAGCCUGGAGCUGAAGAGGCAGGUGCAGGAGAACAGAGGGCGGGCCAGCUCGCUGCCACCACCUUCCACCUCAGCUUCAAGGCCCUCUCUGCAUAGAAGCCGGACAGGGAAACUUAACUGAGCAGCCGGGGAACGUGAAUAGUGGGGCAAGGCAUGGAGAAAGGAAUAAAGAGAGAGUCC